AUCCACCUUGCUCGCAGUGUUUGCAGACGCCUCUCUCACUCACCCGUUCAUGGCGGUCGAUCUCUCUUCGUACGGCGGGCUCGAGCCAGAGCACAAAGCGCGCAUCCUCAAAAUGUCGGAUAUCUCGCUGGAGACCAUCACGAAACGCUACACGCUCGGCGCAGAGCUCGGCCGCGGCCGCUUCUCCGUGGUGAAGAGCGCGACGCAGAAGAGCGACGGCGGCACCUACGCCGUCAAGGUUGUUGAAAACUCGUCGCUCAGCGACGAGGAGAACCUCGAGGCGCUCGAGACGGAGGUUGCCAUCCUGCGCCAGCUGCAGCACCCGCACAUCGUGGCGCUCAAGGAAGUGGUGACCACGGACAGCGACACGUACAUCGUGAUGGAGCUCCUCUCCGGCGGCGAGCUCUUCAACCGCAUCGUCGACCUCGGCCCCUUCGUAGAGGCGACGGCAGCCGACCUGUUUGCGCAAGUCUGCUGCGCGAUGGAGCACCUGCACAGCGCGCAGAUCGUGCACCGCGACAUCAAGCCGGAGAACAUCCUGUACACGGAGGAGGGGGGGACGUCGGUCAAGGUGAUCGACUUUGGCUACGCCGGCGUCUGGUCGCCGGAGAAGCCGCUGACGGGCCUGUGCGGGACUCCAGACUAUGUCGCUCCCGAGGUGCUCACCUGGUACGACGACGAGGAUCGGGGGAAGGAGUACGGGAAGGGGUCGGAUGUGUGGUCGAUGGGUGUGCUGCUCUACGUGAUCCUCUCCGGCUGCAGCCCCUUCUCCGCCGACGAGGAGGAGGCGCUGCUCGCGCAGGUGGCGGAGGCCAAGUACGAGUUUUACGAAAACGAGUGGAAGUCCGUGUCGGAGGAUGCGAAGGACCUGAUCCGGAAGAUGCUGGUGGUGGACCCGGAGGUGAGGCUGUCGCUGGAGGGGGUGAUGAGCCACCCCUUCCUCGCCGAGGCGGUCGGCCGCUGCAGAGCCAACCUCGACGACGCCGCCGCCGCUGCUGACGCCAAGGCCGAGCCUCCCAAGGCCGAGGCCAAGGCGGCGACGCCAAAGUCGGGCGGGAGAGCGGCGCAGGACGCGGCAGCGGACAUAACGCUGCAGCCCGCGGAGGAUGAUUGCGCGGUGCAGCAGGUGAAACCGGGCAGUUGCUGCGUGAUCAGCUGAGGGAGGCACUAGAGCCGCUGUAGCCACCCGCCCACCGCCCGCAUCUGGGCGCGUUGGGGGGGAGCAUGGACCCUUCGUGCGGACUUGCGACCCAUGUGUGACGCGCGAUCCGCGGCGUGUCCUGCCGAACGCACCCCUGUGUGCCGCCGGCGGGCCUAUUUAUCUCGCCCGGGUCUCGUGUGUGUGUUGGAGAGCGUUCGCGAGCGAGAGAGACCGAGACCUUACAGAGUAGAGUGGAUCAUGUCGUGGCAGGCCUUUGUAAAAAACCGUUCGAAAGAAAA